GUAGUUUCGUGAGCGUCGCAAACAGAUUGUUGACGGUGGUUACUUUCGUUUCUGGUCAGGCUUAGUAUGUGUGCACUAAAUGCGUAAGUCUAAGAGUUGUUUUUAAAAAUUUCGUAUAUUCUUUUCGAACGAACCUGAUAAUCAUACCUAUAAUCCAAUAACAGGAAUCCAAGUAAUGAUCCUAUAUCAGGGGAAAGAGUCAAAUUCCAUCGUUUGAUUGUUGACGAACCGAUAAAAGAUGAUAACUCGGUAGUUUAUUUAUCUCAAGCCAAGAUGGAUGCAAUGAAUCUGUUUCGUGGGGACACUGUUUUGGUCAAGGGUAAGAAACGUAAAGAAACGGCGUGUGUAGCCAUUGUGGACGAGAGUUGCCCAGACGACAAGAUUCGUUUAAAUCGUUGUAUUCGCAGUAAUCUACGAGUAAAGCCAGGAGAUAUUGUCAGUUUAAAGAGUCUUCCUGACAUCCUCUACGGGAAACGCAUUCACGUGCUGCCUAUUGACGAUACUAUUUUUGGUCUUACAGGAAAUUUAUAUGAAGCUUUUCUAAAACCAUACUUUUUGGCUGCCUACCGACCUGUACAUAAAGGCGACAUAUUUGUCGUACGUGGUGGGAUGCGAGCUGUUGAGUUCAAAGUAAUUGAAACAGACCCGUCACCUUAUUGCAUUGUUUCUCCCGACACUACUAUUCACACAGAAGGAGAUCCAGUUAAACGAGAGGAUGAGGAAGAAAAGCUGAAUGAAAUAGGUUAUGACGACAUAGGAGGUUGUCGUAAGCAGCUGGCUCAAAUAAAAGAAAUGGUUGAGUUACCUCUUCGUCACCCUCAGCUGUUCAAAGCCAUAGGUGUGAAACCUCCUCGCGGAAUACUCCUUUAUGGACCCCCUGGUACUGGAAAAACCUUAGUUGCUCGGGCAGUAGCCAAUGAAAGUGGAAGCUUUUUCUUUUUAAUCAAUGGGCCGGAGAUAAUGUCAAAAUUGGCCGGCGAGUCAGAAUCUAACCUACGCAAAGCGUUCGAAGAGGCAGAAAAAAAUGCACCAGCCAUUAUUUUUAUUGAUGAACUUGAUGCGAUCGCCCCUAAGAGGGAAAAAACCCACGGUGAAGUAGAACGCCGCAUCGUUUCUCAAUUAUUGACAUUAAUGGAUGGUCUAAAACAACGGAGUCACGUAAUUGUUAUGGCUGCUACGAAUCGUCCUAAUAGUGUUGACCCCGCAUUGAGACGCUUUGGUCGUUUUGAUCGCGAAAUAGAGAUAGGUAUUCCUGAUAGUAUUGGGAGACUGGAUAUUUUGCGGAUACACACCAGGAACAUCCGGCUGGCUGAAGAUGUUGAACUUGAGCAAAUAGCCAAUGAAGCUCACGGUCACGUAGGAGCUGAUCUAGCUUCGUUGUGCUCAGAAGCUGCCCUCCAACACAUAAGAAAUAAGAUGAAUCUUAUUGACUUAGAAGACGACACAAUUGACGCUGAAGUAUUGAACUCGUUGGCCGUAACGAUGGAUGACUUUCGUUGGGCUUUAGGAAAGAGUAAUCCGUCCGCUCUUCGCGAGACCACAGUUGAGGUACCAAAUGUCACCUGGGAUGAUAUUGGUGGGUUAGAAAAUGUGAAACGAGAGCUCCAGGAACUGGUUCAGUAUCCUGUUGAACAUCCUGAUAAAUUCCUGAAAUUCGGUAUGACUCCUAGCAAAGGUGUCCUGUUUUAUGGUCCGCCAGGUUGUGGUAAGACGUUGUUGGCGAAGGCGAUUGCGAACGAAUGUAAAGCCAAUUUUAUCAGCAUCAAAGGACCCGAACUCCUUACUAUGUGGUUUGGUGAAUCUGAAGCAAACGUUCGGGACAUUUUUGAUAAAGCUCGACAAGCAGCACCGUGUGUGCUUUUCUUUGAUGAACUGGACUCGAUUGCCAAAGCUCGUGGAGGUAGCGUUGGUGAUGCUGGAGGUGCUGCUGAUCGUGUUAUCAACCAACUUCUAACCGAAAUGGAUGGUAUGUCUGCUAAAAAGAACGUUUUUAUCAUUGGUGCCACUAAUCGUCCAGAUAUUAUUGAUGGGGCCAUCUUGCGUCCUGGAAGACUCGACCAACUAAUUUACAUUCCACUGCCAGAUGAAGCCUCAAGAGCUAAUAUUCUAAAAGCUAAUUUAAGAAAAUCCCCAAUUGCAAAGGUAAGUUAUACUUUUUGUCUGAUCGUCAUUAAUGAAUCAUUUCAAUAUCGGUCUUCUACAUUUUUGAUGGAAGUAUAGGAUCUGUAAACUUAGCUGCACCAAGCAUAGAAGUGCCCUUCGAUGAUCUUAGGAAAUUCACACCACGUUUGCAGAAUUAUAAAAUAUGACUUUCGGAUUUCGGCACCAGUUUGUUGGGAUUGUCUCGAGUUACACUUGAUGCUACUAAUUUCGAUUCCCUUCAAAGUGGAUGUUGACAUUAAUUUCUUAGCAAAAGCUACUCAGGGAUUUUCGGGUGCUGACCUCACAGAAAUAUGUCAGCGUGCCUGUAAACAAGCAAUACGUGAGUCUAUCGAGGCGGAAAUACGUGCUGAAUCUGAAAAGAAAAACAAGCCCAAUGCUAUGGUAAGUUAGUUUUUAGAUGUCCAACUUUUCUAUGUGUUCUGGUAAUGAUUACGACAAGAUUUUAAUCACGUUGACAGUAGAGUAUCUUUGCAGCAUUCCAAUGUUAUUUUUAUUUAUUUACUUAAACACAUAAAUAUUGAUACAAGGAGGCAUCAAAUAGAUAUGCGCCACACAAAUCGAAUGAUUUGUGUGAGGGAUGGGAUACUGUCUGGGUGCUUAAACCGAGACAGACGGUUUUCUUGGGGGACCACUCUCCGAGGUCUAGUCCACUGGGUAGUGGAGCAACAUUCGGAGGUGCAGUCCCAUGGUAGCCGGUGACCAACAAUGGGCUCAUACGUCAUUUGUUUCCUUAGGAUCCUUCAGCCUUUGUGCCUCAUUAGUUUGGAAUCGGGGUUUUCCAAGUUCCCUAGGUGGACCCUCUGUAUCUACCAACCCGGUUAAAGCGCCGGACACCCCAACCACGAGAUGAGCAGGACUUCCCUGGCAAUGGUUGUAUGCACGUGGCCAUGUGAAAACAUUUGGUGAGGGGGGGGGCGGACUCUCCCCACUCUCGGCCGUGCCGGGGUAUUUGGAGGCAAUAUUCUUCUUGGCUUUUUCAAAUUCCUAUUAUAAUGAAUCACUUAGCUCUUCGGGUUCCAAACUAUGCAUUCGUAUAACUCAUUUAUAAACGGAAGUAGGAAAAACGGUAUGUUUUUUUGUUUGGAGCUAACGAAAAUAACCUAAAGUUCAUCCAUUAGUCUAGAAUAAUUCUCAGGUUUUAGUAUGCUGUAGAGCUUCUUUGCUAACUUUACGUCUUUUCUGACGACAAUUUGUAUCCUUAGUCACAUUCGUCACAGUCAUUCUUCUGUGUUCAUAUCUAUGUAAACAUUCGUCAUCAAAAAGUGAUGGGCAUAGAAAAACCAGCUAUCAUAGACCCUGUUCGUUUAAUCGAUAGCAGGUGUACAGCUGAUUUGUAUGUGCUGUGUAUGAUUUUCUUAACAUCAUUUUCAAUAUGUCUAACAUUCUCAAUCCACGUAUGCAUUGUGUAAUCCCUACCAUCAACCUAAAGUGUUUUUGCUCCAGCGAUUCUCCCAUGUAUGUACUAAGAUUAACAACCUCUCACAACCGUACAGUACCUUUUAUCUUACAGCGGCAACCGUCUCUUGGAUCCACAAUUAAUAAAGAGGUAAACAGGAAGUAAAAUAAGUCGAUGUAUGUUCUAAUCCUCAAUCUUCAUAAAUUAUAAACAGGUAAAUAUUGCCGAACAUGUGUUGAUUAUAAAUCGUUGCUUAAUUUGUUUUACGUUUCUUAACCCCAAUAUCGAAAACCAAUUAAACUUUCUUUGAUUAACCAGGAUUAGCAGUCUUCAAAGGAUUCUUCGUUAAAAGUACGAAUGCCAAAUAGGAUAUGCUGGUUUUGGCUGAUUUGUUAGUACGGAUCGCUAGCAACCGCUCACCCCAUCACAUUAAUUGGUUGUCGUAGGAGUAAAUAGACAAGCAUUGGGAAGAAAUAAUAGAGGAAACUCUAAAAUCCAACAAGGAUAAGAAUUUUCGAUUAAUGUGAUGGAGAUGAAAACACAUACGAUACACUGUUCGUCCGUAGCCGUAGAGGUAGAUAUAAUCUCUCACUACACAUAACCAAAGCGCUUUUAAAUUUGACAUUUCAAGAUGUUAGUCAUGAAUAGGACAUAUGAACAACGCUCCUCGUUGUCUGAAAAUGGGAGAAUUUCGCCAAAAGGCAAGCUUCCACAUAUGAACAACCUAGAUUUGUUAGUUAGAGUAUACGAUACGGAAUCAUACAAUUUCUUACGCUUCUCAAGAUUAAUUGCUGUAUAUAUCAUUAGAUACUUAUUAUUUUGUUGGCUUCUUUUAGGAAGAUGAUUUUGAUCCAGUGCCAGAAAUAACUCGUCGUCACUUUGAAGAAGCAAUGCGCUUUGCAAGACGCUCAGUGACUGAAAAUGAUGUACGGAAAUAUGAAAUGUUCGCCCAAACAUUGCAACAGUCAAGAGGAAUAGGUAGUAAUUUCAGAUUCCCUGGAUCAGAUGGACCUGGAAUACCUACAGGUCACGGUACUCAGGGAGGAGGAGGAUCAGCCUAUGGAUCUCAAAAUGACGCAGAAGAUUUAUACAACUAAACGAUUGUCACAACAUUUUACUUUUCAGUUUAUUGAAAACUUCAGGCUCAAGCUAUCCUGUGUCAUCAAUUUUCACCUACUUAUGCUUCUGGUUUGAAUUCUAAUUAUCAGUUAUGUGACGUCUGACUGAUUAAUUUUUCCUAUCCCCAAACUGUUCCCUUUGUAAUUCAGACAGAAUUUGUACCUGGCAUAUUUCCAUACAUUUAUUUCAUGUUAUUACUUCUCAUUCUACUUAGUUAUGUCUACAAUACGC